GUCUGCUUGAUUAUGUUUCCAAAAUCGUGACGCCUAUAUACGGGACAUGUGCUUAUAUGUACUGUACUGAGCACCUACCUCCACCUAGUGCCCGCCACCGUGUCACCAAGUGUCAGUAAUAGAUGUGGACAGUACCACAACCUCGCACACAACGUCACCAAACGUUAACGUUCACUCUUAUCACCACGAUUCACGAGGAGGCUGAUAUCAACCUGCAAUGCUUGUUCCAAGACACCAUGAGCAAUUUUACUUCACUUUCGUCACAUUUCUGGUCGAGGACUGUCUAUUCAGAGUGCCUCGUGACACACUAGAAUCGCAGUCAGACAUCUUUCGCGAUUUGUUUCUACUGCCUGUUCAAGCCGAUAAAGCUGAGGGAUAUUCAGACACAGAUCCUAUCGUUCUCGAGGGCAUUCUGAAGGAAGAAUUCCAGUCUCUCAUGAAGGUUUUGUAUCCCAUGCCACUUACCCGCUUGCCACCUUCUUCGGAUGGACUUCCAGCGACCCUCGAGGAGUGGACGGGGAUAUUGAAGCUAUCCAAAAUGUGGAGCUUCACCAGCGUCCAGGAAUUUGCUAUUCAACAAAUGGAGCCUAUGCUUGCAGCGAGACCUCUAGAUAAAGUUGCACUCGCUCAAGAUUAUGGGGUCACAGAAUGGCUGGUCCCAGGUCUGCUACAACUAGCAAGGAGAGAAGAGCCAGUUGGACUAGAAGAUGUACAGAAACUUGGACUGGAUACUGCGUUAAAGCUCGCCGAUAUUCGGGAGAGUGCACAGUCCACCAUGCCAACUUGGGCUGGACGGUAUUAUAUGAGUCCCAUCGACCGUUCGGUUGACAUGCCCAUCAUCACUGCGACUGGUCCUCGAGGAUCUACUUUAUGUGAUUUUACCAAUCGAAUCCGUCAAGUAUUUAAUUUACAGGAGUGAUUUCAAAUUCUAAAUUUUAUAUCUUACUUUAGUGUAUAUUCUGACAUAUGUAAGGACAGAACAUUUGAUCCUGCGGAAGCUCCUCCUUUUGCAAUUGUAUACCACCUCCCUUCCAAUGCACGCGUGUCUUCUGAGCUCCACAUGCGAUCACUCAUUCCUCUCUUAACAUACUCUUAUUCUUGAACCACUUUCAAUCCAGCGUGUUUAAGCUGGACUGUAAACCGUAAACAGUUUCCCCUGCGAC